AUGAAAUGGGGCUUAUAUCUCAUAGAUGAUUACUUAACUAAAGUUCAAAUAAUCAAUUCAACAUUUAAAGAUAAUUAAUCUAUAAAAUUAAACAAUCCAGCUGACAGCAAUCUUGUUUCUGAUGUGAUAGAUUUUUAGACCAUAUUUAUCAUAAUUGCAUAUGAUUAUUAAAGAAGGGCCUUCAGGUACUUUAAUGUAGAGAAUUUAUAGGAACUUUAAUCAACAGGAGUAAACUUGCCUUUCAUAGACUAUAAAACUUUUAUUUAGUAUCAGAAGAAGAUAUUUAUUGAUUAAUAUACUUAUGACAUAGCAUAUAUACCCUUAAAUAAUUAAGUUUAAGUUACUUAAAAUCCUUAAGGAAUCUCACUAACAUUCAAAUCACCUUAUACUCAUCUUGUUAAUUAUGCUUUUUCAUAUUCCGUCACUUAUCAGGUUAUGCAAGACUCUAAUUAGCAAUUGAUAAAAAUUUAUUAAGCAUAUAAUUUUUGUGCUCCUCACUGUUUUAUUUGUGCAUCAACCACAACUUGCUCAAUUUGUUAUUCUCCUCAUUAUUUAGAUAGCUAAUUUUAAUGUGUUGAUAAUUGUCCAACCUAAUUCAUAUAAGAUAAUAUUUAUAACUAAUGCAUUUGCCGUCCUAAUAGCUCUUUAGUAAAUUCGUCUUGUCCGUGUAAUGAUGGUUAUGUAGAUAUAAAUGAUAUUUGCUAACCAUGUCCUCCUAAUUGUAAAAUAUGCAAUAAUCAACUUGUUUGUUCAGCUUGUGAUUAAAACUAUUAUUUGACAGUUUAAGAAACUUGUGUACCUUCUUGUCCUCCACUUUUUAUUCCAGAUGUAACGAAUACUAAAUGUAUUUGCCGUCAGAACAGUAAUUUAUAAAAUUCAUAAUGUCCAUGCAACUCUGGGUAUGUUGAUAUAAAUAAUGUUUGCACGUAAUGUCCGCCUAAUUGUAAAAUAUGCAACAAUCAACUUGUUUGUUCAGCUUGUGAUUAAAAUUAUUAUUUGACAGUUUAAGAAACUUGUGUACCUUCUUGUCCUCCAGUUUUUAUUCCAGAUGUAACGAAUACUAAAUGUACUUGCCGUCAGAACAGUAGUUUAUAAGAUUCAUAAUGUCCAUGCAAUUCUGGGUAUGUUGAUAUAAAUAAUGUUUGUAUGUAAUGUCCAUCUAAUUGUUAAGAAUGUUCAAGUUAAUCUGUUUGUACAGUGUGUGCUUAAAAUUAUUAUUUAUCAGCUUAAUAAGUUUGUGUCUCUUCUUGUCCUCCACUUUUUAUUCCAGAUGUAACGAAUACUAAAUGUACUUGCCGUCUGAACAGUAGUUUAUAAGAUUCAUAAUGUCCAUGCAACUCUGGGUAUGUUGAUAUAAAUAAUGUUUGUACGUAAUGUCCGCCUAAUUGCAAAAUAUGUAACAAUCAACUUGUUUGUUCAGCUUGUGAUUAAAAUUAUUAUUUGACAUUUUAAGAAACUUGUGUACCUUCUUGUCCUCCACUUUUUAUUCCAGAUGUAACGAAUACUAAAUGUACUUGCCGUCAGAACAGUAGUUUAUAAGAUUCAUAAUGUCCAUGCAAUUCUGGGUAUGUUGAUAUAAAUAAUGUUUGUACGUAAUGUCCGCCUAAUUGCAAAAUAUGUAACAAUCAACUUGUUUGUUCAGCUUGUGUUUAAAAUUAUUAUUUGACAGUUUAAGAAACUUGUGUACCUUCUUGUCCUCCACUUUUUAUUCCAGAUGUAACGAAUACUAAAUGUACUUGCCGUCAGAACAGUAAUUUAUAAAAUUAAUAAUGUCCAUGCAAUUCUGGGUAUGUUGAUAUAAAUAAUGUUUGUAUGUAAUGUACACCUAAUUGUAAAGAAUGUGCAAGCUAAUCUGUUUGUACAGUAUGUGCUUAAAAUUAUUAUUUAUCAGCUUAAUAAGUUUGUGUCACUUCUUGUCCAGCAACAUUUAUAAUUGACUCAACCUCUACAAAAUGUGUUUGUGACUUAAACAAAAUACUGCAAAAUGGAAUUUGUUCUGAUUAGUGCAACUCAAACAAUUGCUAAACUUGUGAUAAAAAUAACAAUAAAAUAUGCACUGUCUGCAAUCCAGGAUUUGAUUUGUAUGGAUAGACAUGUCAAUAAGUUUAUUUAAAUUAUGAUUCACAAAUUUUCUCCUCUAAUAAGAUUGAGUAAAUUCAUCAAUAAACAUAAGUAAUGUCUGAAGGAGCUUUAUAUAGCUCAAUAUUAAAAAACACCAUCUCAAUAAAUGAAGUUUUUAAAUUUAUUCUAAGGUCUUGCUCAUGA